AUGAACUACGCCAAUAUGAUUGAGGAGAAAAACCUCAAGAAAACCUUCAUCAUUGCGACCCUCUGUUCUACACUUGUUGGCACUUUCACAUCCUCCAUCGGCCUCUGGGAUAGAGUAAAAGACCGAAGGCAGCAGAAGCAACGCGACACAAAGCAGGACGACAAGAUCGCCAAGCUUCAGUCCCAGAUUGAUGAUGCCGAAAAGCGCAACAAAGAAAAGGAGGAACGGAUCGAACGGUUAAGUAAUCGCGGCGGCGACCGGGAUCGGGACGACCUUGGCUGGGCACUCGAGCGGUCGGGUGCUGCUAUCAACAGGGAGUUUGACGAAGGAUAUGCGCGGCUGGGGAGGAGAUUCGCCAUUGGUGAUACGGUGACGGAGAACAGAUUGCAGGCCCAGGUGAUUGCCCUGCAACAAACGGUCAUCAACGUCUUACAGGAUGCGCUCUACAGCGGACGGCAGCUGGAUCAAUAUGACAUGUCGAAACUGAUGGCGGCUUCGGAGGCCGCCAAGAAUGGCUCACUGGAUGCUUUGAGGCAACAAAAGCAAAGACAAUUACUGGCGAUCGAGGGGCCGCCACAACCGCAGCUAUACCCACCACCAAAAAGAUCCUCGACCAUCAUCGAGACGGAUCCGCUGUACUGCCGGUAUGCGCUGGACCUACAAUACGUGCGGAACAAGCCGCUCGCCACCAAUUUCGCACCCGGAGGAAGCUGCCGGUGCCCAGAGUGUGGAGUGCGGCUGGACGUCGAGUCGGACGAUUUCUGGGAGAUUGACAAGCGCAACGUGGUGACGACGGAGGGCGGCGACAGGUACCGGGAGCGGCGCGAGGUGAUUGAGGAGCGCGAGUUCCAUCUCGGCCAGCGUUUCAUUGUCAAGUGCCACACGCCCGACGGCGAGUUUGCCUGCGUCCUCUGCUCGCGCCAUCGCGACCGCGACGCCAUUUGUCCUACCGUCAAGUCGCUCGUAAACCAUGUCGGCCGGUUCCAUACCGUCGAGGAGCUAGAGCGCGAGGUUGACUUUGCCCAGCACUCGCGCACCUUGCCCAUGCCCAAGGCUCUACCGGCGGCGCCACCUGCUCCCGCCUCACCUGUCCUUAAAGAGAGACGCACUAUUGAGUAUGCCCCUGCCGUCCGCACGCGGGAUGACUUCGAGUACGAUCGGCAGAGCAAUGGCCGUGCUUCUGUAUACUCGUAA